AGAGGAGGAUGGCGCGGCAGCGGGCACCGUGCUCCUGGCUGAGUGCAAGGCAGAGGCUAAGUUAAUAUUGUACCACUGGACCCACUCGUUCUGCUCCCAAAAGGUGCGCUUAGUAAUUGCUGAAAAAGCACUGAAGUGUGAAGAACACGAUGUAAGUUUACCCCUGAGUGAACACAAUGAACCUUGGUUUAUGCGUUUAAACUCAUCUGGAGAAGUGCCUGUCCUUAUCCAUGGAGAAAAUAUUAUUUGUGAGGCCACACAGAUUAUUGAUUAUCUUGAAGAGACAUUCGUGGAUGAGAAGACACCAAGAUUAAUGCCAGAAGAAGGAAGCAUGUAUUACCCAAGGGUGCAACACUAUAGAGAGCUCUUGGACUCCUUGCCUAUGGAUGCCUACACACAUGGCUGCAUUUUACACCCAGAAUUAACAGUGGAUUCCAUGAUUCCAGCUUAUGCGACAACUAGAAUUCGCAGCCAGAUAGGUAACACAGAAUCUGAACUAAAGAAGCUUGCCAAAGAAAAUCCAGACCUCCAAGAUGCUUAUAUAGCAAAACAGAAGCGCCUUAAAUCUAAGCUGCUGGACCAUGAUAAUAUAAAGUACCUGAAGAAAAUACUUGAUGAAUUGGAAAAAGUUUUGGACCAGGUUGAGACUGAGUUACAAAGGAGAAAUGAAGAAACACCAGAAGAUGGACAGCAGCCUUGGCUGUGUGGUGAAUUCUUUAGUUUGGCAGAUGUAUCGCUUGCUGUUACAUUACAUCGCCUGAAGUUUCUGGGGUUUGCAAGAAGAAACUGGGGAAAUGGAAAACGACCCAACUUGGAAGCCUAUUAUGAACGUGUCUUGAAGAGAAAAACAUUUAACAAAGUUUUAGGACAUGUCAACAACAUAUUAAUCUCAGCAGUUCUGCCAACUGCGUUCCGGGUGGCCAAGAAAAGGGCACCAAGAGUUCUUGGCACAACCAUGUUGGUUGGCUUGCUAGCAGGAAUGGGUUAUUUUGCUUUCACUUGUCUUCGAAAGAGAUUUGUCAAUAUGAUGUUAUCAAUUAGAACAAGACAACCUUAUUUUUAGACUCUAAUUUGCCUGAUUGUGUGUGGGGGACACCUCUAAUCCCCAGAAAAAUCUCAAAGAUAAACAUAUAUGAAAGAUUCAUGGAGCAGAACAUUGUCACAGAAUAAUAGUCUCCUACAAUUGCAUACAUGUAUUGGAAAAGCUGAAAUACUUGUGGAUAAUAAACAUUGAGGGGACAAUAAAGAAAAUAAAAUAGGUUCUUUUCAAAUGAGGAGCUGUAGAUCCUGUGGCAAUGCUUUGUUAGAAGAAUCAUUGUUUCUGUCUCUUUUACCAAAUGACUGAUGUAAUUUUAGAACUUUUAUUCAACAGGUAUUCAUGCAGCAAUGCAACAGGUGCUCACUCUGGGUGAAAUUCUUCAGUGUGCAGAAGACCAGCACAAGUCCUAGGCUCCACUUGAGCCCUGAAAACAGGAUUUAAGUGGGACUUAAGUGGCCCACAGGCCUUGUGUCUGACCUUUGCAUGGGAGAGAAUUUCACCGAGAUCAACUGCCAUAGGUUUUCAUAUAGAGGUUCAAAUAGUAGCAUGAGUUUCAUUUAUUUGCGAAGAUACUUGAAGUGUGUGUGUGAAAAUCAGCUAAUUUGGGAAGACAUAGGAGGAGAUUUUUCAAAGGGAAAACUAGCAGGUAGGCUCUCAACUCUCAUUGAGAUUCAGGCACCUAACUUGGCCUUUGUGCACUCAAAUAACCAAUUUGCCUACAUACCUUGGAUAUUUUUGCCUACAAAUUAGGUGGGUAUAAUUGUACGUAAGUGAUUGCAUGUGUCUCUGUGUGAAAAUAUUGCCCAUAAGUGCCACAGCCUAUCGGAAAAUAUCUUAUCCAUUAAAAAUAGCUUUUUAUAUGAGUAAGAUUUUCUGACGAUAGCUUCAUUUUUGUUUAUUUUUAUUAGUGGAAAAGAGUCCUCCAUCUGUCAAGUUUGAUUGGCUAACAUAAAGAUACAAAGUGGGUAAUUCUCCAGCAUGGUCUACUUAUUUACUGAGAGAUUACAACUUGGUGAAAAUGAGUGAAAAUUGUUUGUUUGUACAACCUGGGAAUAGGAAAUUUGUAUUGCAGUUUCUUUCAUAAAGUUACAGUUCGGAUUUGAAGAAACAGUGUAAAUAACACAGAUGCUUUAAUGCAAUCCACCAGUCAGUGGCUACUGAUGGAUGUAUUGUUCAACCUGAAUCCAACUCAUCAUUCCAGUGGCAGUUGUGCACCUAUCUGAGACCAGAUUUUGUUCGUGUGUCAGUCAGUGGCCUGACAGGAAGCACAAACUACCAAAAGUCUGACCUAGCAAGAUUUCUAGCUCAUUUGUGAAGACCCAGAAUGUUUCUAGCAUUUUUGGAUUUAUAUCUGAACCAAAACACGUCUGAAGUUUUUGAAGUUUGUCUAUCAGUAACUAGUAGACAAAAUGUUACUGAAAUGGGCCUGUAAAAUCUGUAGUAAUGGGCAUGAAUCAAACUCCUAUAUACCAAUGUCCACAAACUUUAGUUGUUCGCUAUCAUCUAUCUCUAGUAAUGUCUAAUGGUCAUUUGAAAUGAGCAGAUACGGAUUUUACCUGGAUAAUUUUGGUGUCAAGCAGAUGUUGAAAGGGAUAAUUUGUUUGUUGAACAUUGCUGGUUAUAAUUUAACAGAGUGUUAAAUAUUUAACAAAAGAUGGCCCAAAUCUUACUGCUCCUUUUCAUUAGUAAGAAAUAUUCAUACAUAGGAAACAGUGCUUUUUGUUUGUUUGUCUGUUGAUGGUAAAAGACAGUUUCAUAUAAUUACUUUUAAUGACCCAAUUGUUUUGGACAUCUUGAUAAAUUGAAUGUGCUCUACUUACAAAAACUUAAUAUCUCUAGAGUAAAUUUAAUUCACUAACACUGUUAAUGUUUUCAGAGUAGCAGCCAUGUUAGUCUGUAUCUGCAAAAAGAAC